AUGUCUGACGAAUCGAGAUACGGCCAACAGGAGGAGGAGGAAGAAGAAGAGGAAGAAGUCAAUGAGACUGGCUACUUGGCCGUCAAAGAUGCCGUCCUCUUUGCCAUCGACGUCAGUCAGAGUAUGCUCCAAAACCCCAAGGAUGUUGAUUCGAAGAAACCGGACGCUUCCCUUUCUCCAACGUUAGCAGCCCUGAAAUGUGCUUAUGCGUUGAUGCAACAACGAAUCAUCAGCAAUCCCAACGACAUGAUGGGUAUCCUGUUGUUUGGAACGACCAAAAGCAAAUUCCAAAUGGGCGAUCAAGAAUCUGGAAGGACUGGGUUGCAAUAUCCACAUUGUUACCUGCUUACAGAUCUCGACGUUCCAGCGGCCGCUGACGUGAAACAAUUAAGGACACUGGUUGAAGAUGAAGAAGAAGCAGCCGCCUUGCUGCAAGCAAGCCAAGAAGAAGUCAGCAUGGCUAACGUGCUCUUUUGCGCCAAUCAGAUUUUCACCACGAAGGCUCCCAAUUUCUCCUCCCGAAGAUUAUUCUUGGUCACUGACAAUGAUUGUCCUCAUGCCUCAAACCGCGAAGCAAGAAAUAGUGCCGCAGUGCGGGCGAAAGACCUCUACGAUCUCGGCGUUACGAUCGAGCUAUUUCCGAUUUCGCACCCCAAUCGAGGUUUCACCUUUGAUCGCAGCAAAUUCUACAAUGACAUCGUGUAUUCUCUCACGCCUGAAGAUCCAGAUGCGCCGGCGCCGUUGACCCUUGAUAUCAAGCCCGCCAAUUCAAAUGGCAAGGAUGGAAUCAGUCUCCUACAGUCACUACUAUCUUCCGUCCAAUCACGCUCGACACCACGACGGGCUCUGUUCAGCAAUGUACCUUUCGAGAUUGGUCCUGGUCUGAAGAUCAGCGUCAAAGGCUACAUCCUGAUGAAGAAGCAGGAGCCUAGACGCACGUCGUAUGUCUACCUACCACCAGACAGCGAAAAGGCUCAGAUUGCCAUUGGGAGCACGACACUUAUGGCCGAAGAUACUGCUCGUUCAGUUGAAAAGGUCGAGGUGCGAAAAGCGUACAAAUUUGGUGGCGAGACCAUCUCAUUUUCGCUAGAGGAGUUGGCCAAGAUUAAGAGUUUUGGAGACCCGGUGCUUCGCAUCAUCGGGUUCAAGCCUCUUGCAGCACUGCCAACCUGGGCUGGUGUCAAGCAGUCCACAUUUAUCUUCCCGUCAGAGGAAGACUUCGUGGGCUCAACUCGAGUUUUUGCCGCCUUACAUGCCAAGUUGCUCAAAGACCAGAAGAUGGGCAUAGCCUGGUUCAUCGCUCGUCGAAAUGCUGCGCCUGUCUUGGUUGCAGUAAUUCCGGGUGCCGAAGUGCGGAAUGAAGAGGGCGAACAGACGAUGCCUCCUGGGCUAUGGCUGAAGCAUUUGCCUUUUGCAGAUGACAUCCGGGAGGCUCCUGAGACGAGCCUUGUCAGAGCUCCUGACUCCGUGGUUGAUGCUAUGCGAGUGAUCGUUCAACAACUUCAGUUGCCCAAGGGCGCCUAUGACCCUUUCAAAUAUCCGAACCCGAACCUUCAGUGGUUCUACAAGAUACUACAAGCUUUAGCACUCGAGGAAGACCUGCCAGAACAACCCGAUGAUAAGACAAUGCCAAAAUUUAAGCAGAUACAUAAACGGGCUGGUGGUUAUGUCGUCGAGUGGGGUGCCAUCUUGGAUGGCGAAUUCGAAAAUUGGCAACGCGACAAUAAACGAGGCAUUACGACUACCGCAACUGGUGGUGCAAAACGCGGAUCGGCAGCACCAGCCGGCCCUCCUGGCACAAAGAAAAUAAAAGAUGAAGUCGAUGCUGCAGACAUCGAUACUGCAAUGCGCAAUGCAUACAAGCAAGACGCCAUAUCGUCGUUCAAGGUAGCAGAUUUGAAAGCCUGGCUCGCAAGCAAGGGAGCCAGCAAGAUUGCCAGCAAGAAGGCGGAUCUGGUUGAUGCUGUCACAGCAUACUUUGAGCAGUCGAUGGAUCUGGAUUGA